AUGAAAUUCGUUUUAUUGUUAUUGUAUUCAAUUUCUUUUUCAGGUGUGCAAAGUGAAAGGGUUGAUGUGAAGAACAAAUGCAUAUGUUCCAAAAUUUAAACAAUUGAGGAGUGUAAUAUAGAUUGUGAAUGGAAUUAUGUUGAAGGUACGUGCAGGGAUUCAAAUCUUCCCUUAUUAAGAACAAGCUAUUGUAAAUAUUAGAAUGAUAAUUGUAAUAAGAAGAUUGGUUGUGCUAAUUAUUAAGGAAUAUGUGUUCCUUUCACUGGAUGCACGGCUAUUAAAUAAAACACAAAUUUUGAAUGUUAAAAAUAUUCACAACUUUGCAUAACAGAUGGUUCAAAAUGUGUUGAGAAAAGUAUUUGUGCAAAUUAUAAAACGAGAUUCUCUUGUCGAAAUAAUUAUAUUAAUUAUGAAUGGAAAGGAUUUUGUUAUUGGGACAAAUAGGAAUGUAGAAAUGCAUAAAGCUGCAAUGAAUUGUCCUUUAGCUUAAAAAAUGAUGCAGAAUGUAGAAGUUAAUUAAGUUGGUGUACAUUCAAAUAAGGAGGAGGUUGUGAAGAUUCAGGAGAAUAAUGUAAAGAUCAUAAAUUAGAACAGCAAUGUGUUACAAAUAAAAAGGGAAAUAUUAAUUGUUAUUGGGAUGGGAAAUAAUGUAAUGAUUUUAUUUGUAAGUAUAUUACAAAAGAUUGUAUAAAAAAUGGAUGUUCAAUAGAUUAGGAUUCAAAAUGCAUUGAUAGAUUAGAAUGUAAUGAUUAUAAGGUUGAGAAAUCUUGUACUUAUAAUAAAAAUAAUAUUUAAUGUAUGUGGGAAAAUAACACAUGUAGUAUUAAAUCAUGUGAGAAUGCAAGUACAACAAGAUAAACAAAUUAAUAAUGUUAAGAGAUUGAUCCUUAAUGUAUUACUAAAUUUGGAGGUGGCUGUAAGUUAAAUGGAGAAUGUGAAGCUGCAAAUAACAAAGCUGGAUGUUCUUUCAAUAAGAGAGGGGAUUUUUGUUAUUGGAAUGGAUAUUAAUGUGUAUUAAAAUAAUGUUAAUGGGCACCUGCUGCAUUUAAGAAUAAAGAUUAAUGUAAGAAUUUCUAAUCCGAUUGUGUUUAUAAUAAUUAAACCUAAUAAUGUAUAAAAGAGGGAUGUUAUGCUUAAUAAAAUCAAACAACCUGCACUUAAUCUAAAGAAUGCAAUUGGUAAAAUAAAUGUGAUAUAAAAACUUGUGAGACAGCUGGAAAAAACAUUAAGUAUAUUUCCCACGAGGAUUGUUGGAAUUAUUUAUCAAAUUGUACAUUAAAUGAUUCAGGAAUAGGAUGUAUGAUGAUCAAAUAUUCAUGUAAUGAAUAUGAUAGAUAGGUUCAAUGUUAUCAAUCUCUUUAGAGUAAAUGUACUUGGCACUAAAAUUAAUGUAUGAAUAGUUAAUGUGAAUAUUUAAAUUAUAAGACACAUUUUGAAUGUAAUAAUUAUUUAUAAAAUUGCACAACUGAUGGUAAUAAAUGUAUUUAACUAAAAUCAACAUGUAAAUAAUACACUUUAGAAUAAUCAUGUAAUAUUACUUCUUCAAAAUUUCCUUGUUUUUGGUCAAAAAAUGAAUGCCAAGAUAUAACUUGUAAUCUUGUUGAAAAAACUUAUAAGUUUAAUACUCAUUAAGAAUGUAAUUCUUAUUAAUCAUAAUGCACUGUCUUAGAUAGAAUAACAGGUUGUAUUAUCACUCCAAAUGAUUGUGGGUUAUUAAAUUAAGAUUAAUGUUUUGGAAGUAAAUGCAUAUUUUCUAAUGGAAUAUGUAGGGAUAAAUAAUGUAAAGAUUAUAAAGGGGAUAUCACAUAAUCUAAUUGUGAAGCUUAUAUUACAGGUAAAAAAUGUAUGAGAGGUCCAGGAUUAAUUCCAAAUAGUUGUAUUGAUAGAGUUAAUAAUUGUAAAGAUAUUAAAAAUGAAUUUUAAUGUGAAGAUGCUAAAGAUAUUAAUAAUUAAAAAUGUCGAUGGGUAUUUUUAAAUUGUAUAGAUUGGUCUAAAAACUUAAAAAGGAAAGAAACUAAUUGUUAAGAUGGUUGGACAUCUUAUGAGAAUGAUACUACUUUAUGUGUGAGAGAUAAGAAAUGUGAUGAUUAAGGAAUAGCAACAAAUGUUGGAUACACAAAUGAAAUAUGUGAGGAUUAUUUUGUUAUGUGUAUGAAAGAUACUGAUAAUGCUUGCAAAUUAAAAACAACAAUUUAAUCAAAUGGAUGCCCAUUUUAUGUAAGCAAAAUUAAUUGUAUUUCAUAAACAAAUUGUUAUUGGACAAAUGAUAAUUUUUGUAAGGUUAUAACUACUGAAUGCAGUUCAUUAAAUACAUAAGAUUGUUCAGGUAAUAAAGAUAUAUCAGGAACAUUUUGUAAAUGGAAUGAUGUAUCUAAUUAAUGUGAAGAUAUUUGUGCUUCAUUAGUACCAGUAGGUUAAAAAUGCUCGAGUUUAGAUUCUAAAUGUGUAAUUAAAUUUGGUUCGCCUGAUAAAUGUAUUAAAUUAAAAGCAAGUUGUACUGAUUAUAUUGUUUCACAAAUAGAAUGUGAAGAUGAUUCUAGAUGUGUAUACAAAGAUGAUAAGUGUUUAGAAAAAUAAUGUUCUGAUAUUACAGAGAAUUUUACACAUGCAUAAUGCAAUUCAUAUAAAUUAGAAUGUACUGUAGCUUAUCCAGGAGGUUGCACUAAUUUAUUACCUAAUUGUACUGAUUAUAAAAGUUAAAUUUAAUGCAAUAUUAAUGAUAAAUCAAAAAAAUGUUUUUGGACAGAAUCUAAAGGAUGUAUAGAAAAAAAAUGUUCAGAGAUUAUUUUUGAUCCAAACGAACAAAAAACACAAUGUUUAUCAUUUUAUACUGAUUUAACUUGUAAUAUAAAUAAUUCAGAAAAUGGAUGUGAAGAUUUAAGAAUUUCUUGUGAUAAAUAUAAAAAGGAAAAUUAGUGUUAUAAAUAAUUAGAUUAAUAUGAAUGUUUAUGGGAAGAAGAAAAAUGUUAGAAGGCUGAAUGUUACAACAUAGUGUUAGAUAAUUAUUCUCAUAGUGAAUGCUAUGGAAAAUAUAGUAAAUUAUAAUGUACUAUAAAUGAUACAAAGAAUGGAUGUAUGGAAAUGAAGACAAAUUGUAGAAAGUAUUUGAUUGAAGAACAAUGUAUAAAGACAUUUAAUAAUGAGGAUUGUGUUUGGAAUUAAUUGUAUUAAGAAUGUAAUUACAAAACUUGUAAAGAUGAGAUAGAAGAAAAUGUAAAGUGUUCUGACUAUCAUCCGACUUGUAUAGAUAUAUAAUAUCCAUGUAGAGAGAAAGUUUGUGAAGAUUAUUAAUUUUAUAAUGAUGAAGAUUGUAGAAGGUAUAAUCCAAAAUGUACAUCUAAUGGUCGUUUUUGUAUAUAGAGAGGAACAUGUGAAUAAAACUAAUAUGAAUAAGCUUGCAACAUUGAUAUAAAUAAUAGAUAUUGUGGUUGGAAUUCUGGAAAGAAUUAAUGCAAUUAUUUAUAAUGUUCGGAUGCUCCAAAUGAAUUGAUAUAUUCUUAAGAUUGUGAGAAGUAUUUUCCAAAUUAGAAUUGUGUAACUAAGUAUGGAGGAGGAUGUUUAAUCAUAACUAGUUGUUCAGAUUACACAAUAUAAGGAUAAUGUGAUGAAAGUAAAUUGUUUUAAUGCAUUUGGGAGAAUGAAAUUUGUAGAUAAAAAGUAUGUACAGAUUUUAAGAGUGGAAAUAUUUUAGAAUGUCAAUCAAAACAAUUAAAUUGUAUUACUGAUGGUAAUACUUGUAUUGAAAUGAGAUAUUGUUCAUAAUUAUCAUAGUAGAAUUGUUUCAUUGGGAUUGAAGGUAAUUGUUUAUUUUUGAAUGGUCGUUGUUAAGCUUAUUAAAAUUGUUAAUCAAUAUAAUUAAAAACACAUUUAGAAUGCUAUGAUAAUUUAUAAAAUUAAUGCACUUCAAAUGGAACACAUUGUAUAUCUAUUACUGCUUGCGAUGAAUAUAUUGAUAAAAUAUCUUGUAUUAAAGGAAUAGAUGGAGAUUGUGCUUGGUAAAACUCUAAAUGUUCAAAGUUUACAUCUUGUGAUAAUUACUUAUUUAAAACUCAUUAAGAAUGUAACUCCAUUAAUUAAAGUUGUACUACUAAUGGAUUAAAUUAAUGUAUCGUACUUUAAGAAUGUUCCAAAUAUAUCAUUUAAGAAAAUUGUUAACUUAAUGUAAAUGGGAUUAUUAAGAAAAAUGGUUUAAUCAUUUAAUUAGCCACAUGCUUAUGGAUCGAUGGGUAAUGUAUAAAUCCUAGAUGUGAAGAUCUUUAUGGAACUGAUCAUUUAAAAUGUUAUUAACAAUUAUCAAGUUGUACAACUAAUGGAAUCAAGUGCAUUAAAAUGGAAACAACUUGUUCAAAUUAUCCAAUGGAUAUUUGUGGAUCAACGUUUAGUUAAUAAGGUAAAUGUUUUGUCAAUAAUUCCUCAUGCACUCUAUUUGAUUGCUCAAGUGUUCUUACAGAUACUUAAUGCAAAAAUUUAUCCCAUUGUUAAUUUAUUAAUAAAUAAUGUCAACUCUUUUAAUAAUGUCAAAAUUACAUUACAGAAAAGGAAUGCACCAUAGGAACUGAUGGAUAAUGCCUCUUUAAAAACUCUAAAUGUUUAUUAAUGAAAUCAUGCACUGAUACAAAUCUAUAAGAAUACUGUGAUCCAAAACGUUGCUAUUAUAAUAGUACUUCUAAAUCAUGUUAAGAAUUCAUUUGUGAAAAUUAUGGACUUUAAAAUCCAUGUAGACCAUUUUAUGAUUAUAGUAAGACCAUACUUACCUAUUGCGUUUUUGAUUAUAAAAAUAGUAAAUGUACAGAAACUACUCCUAAUAAAUAUAAUGUUACUGACUGUUACACUAAAUCAUUAGGAUAUUUUAUAAAUUAAAAUAAUAUAUGUAAAUCUUGUUAUUUUAAUCCUUUAAAUCCUCUUCCUCCAGAUAGUAAUAUCAAUAAAACAAAUAAUACCAAUAAUACCAAUAAUACCAAUGAUACUGUAGAUAUAUAUGGAUUUAUAUCUAAUAUCAUAUUAAUUGGCUUAUUAAUUAUCAAUUGA